AUGGUUUUAAAUACCCAAACCCCGUUUAUUCUAUUACAGACCAAAGGUCUAUCUGAUGGAACAAACAGACAACAUAUCGGCUAUAUAAACAAGAUAAGAAAAGAUUCCGUUAGCGGCAAACCCAAAGAGGUGAAAAAGGUGCCCUUGGUAAGGACUCACAGUAAAGUCUCCUUCAAACCUUGGGGACGAAAAGCGUCUUUUAGUGAAAAGAAGCAAACACGGUUCACAGUUACAGCCCCUGGCCAUGUUGUUCCUGAUGACCAUGAAUUGUCGCCCAUGGACGUCGAUUCACCCAUGGUUAAAAUACGCAGUGUGAUGACCCGAAAACCCCACGGUGUCCUGGACAUUGAUGCCAUCAAAGACCCAUUAACAUGCUCAGAGUAUGCCCAGGAUAUCAUUGACUAUCUUCAGAUGAUAGAACGAAGGUUUACAUUUCCGGACAGAUACCUCAUGCAGAAAGGCACUGAAGUAACAACUCAUAUGAGAACAGUUCUCAUGGACUGGCUUAUCCAAGUUCAGGUACAUCUAGACUUAUCACAGUAUACCCUGCAUCUAUGUGUUAACCUGAUUGACAAGUUUCUGUCCAUGCAGACAGUGAAGUUAGACACCCUUCAACUCCUCGGUAUCACAUCCCUUCUCAUUGCAGCCAAGUACCACGAGAGAUUUCCACCAGAGAUUGCUGACCUCUGUCAUCUCACGGAUGGAACGUACCAGCCGUCACAAGUUCUUAAGAUGGAAAUCUAUAUCCUGAAGAAAGUAAAAUUUGAACUCAAUAUACCUGGACCUAUCAUAUUCCUGGAGAGAUUUCUUCUGGUGAAUCAAUGUGAGAAGAAAACACUGGUUCAGAGCAUGUCUAUGUAUUUCCUAGAUUUGACGCUAACGGACAUCACGUUUGUUCAUUUCUAUCACUCUAUGCUAGCAGCCAGCGCCAUCUAUCUCUCGCGAGAAAUUCUAGGAUGCGAGAUCGUCUGGGAUCAGGCGUUUGCUCAUUACACCAAGUACUCAGAGAAUGAUCUGAGUGAGUGUGUUAAAUCAAUGAAACGAGCAUUGGCCAAGUUGCACAAGUCCAACAAGUUUUCUGGAGCAAGACAGAAGUACGAACACCACGAUUACCAUUGUAUCAGCAAGCACCGAGUGCUCCUUCCGGCUGAACUGUGGCCCGAGGAAAAUGAUAACAAGAACAUCAAGGGUUUGGAGACGCUCAUUAUUUAAUCAUCAAGAUAUCUCGUGACUGAUGUUUUUGAACGCACGCUCUUGCAGACAUUUUGCAUACUGAAUUAAGUUUCGACCGGAUAUCAGAAUGCGAUUGCUUGUUUUUGUAAGAGUAAAGGGUAGCAGACGACAAUUUAGAAGUGAAAUUAAUUAUGAUGAUGUUGCUAUAUAAGAAUAUGUACGCCAUUUCAACAAGAUUUUGAAUUAAUGUUAAUCAUUUACUAGUUUGUUGCAGUUUGAUCAGAAAUGUGAAUUUAUUUCACAAUUAAAUAAAAAGUUGAUAAGCUAGAUUGUGAUUCGCUUCACCGGACUGAUAACCGGAAGAAAAGUGAUGGCUUCGAGAGAGAAAUUUAUUAACGUUAAAGAAGUGUGGAUGGUAGACUUCGUAUAAUUUUACAACAAAAAAUCAAAACUUAUGAAUGAAUGUACAUGUUGCAUUUUGUUUAUAAGCAUGCCAUAUGACUUUCCAACUUACUACUGCGGCAGUCAUUAUUUCACUGUAAAGUACACAGUUGUAUAUGUUUACAAAUACACAUUUACAUAUGUUUACAGUCUACGUGACGUAAUUUUCUUUUUCUAUUUAUAUCAACUUGCAUACCUCAUCCUCUAUUUCCAUUCUUCUACACUUUCAUAUUUAUUUGUAUCAUUGUUUGUACAUAACUUUCACAAUUUAUUUAUUUUCGUUUGUGACAUCAAAUGUCAUUAAGUUAUUUUUGUACAAUUAUAUUUACAUCUGUUACCAUAGUUUUCUACAAAUUGCCUUUUGCAAUAAAGCGUUUCGUUCAAA